AUGCUGCUACGACGAAGCAAAUCGAGCGAGCUGAAGGGCAAAAAGGCCCAGGCGCUUCGCGAACAGGAACUCCAGCGUCAGCGCGAGGUUGCCAACAUCCCCAAUUCCCCUCCGCGGCUUCCUGUUCUCUACAACGGCGCCACGGCCCCCAACCUCCAGAACACGUUUGGCGAGCCUGCGGCCCAUGAGCGUGCUCCGGAUAUGCCGCAGCAGGACCGUUUCCACGGCAAUUACACGCCUCGCCCCUCCAUGGAGCCUACACCGUCUGUGGCCAACGUGCCCAUUCCUCCCAUACCCCAGGGUGCUUGGGUGGACCCGUACGCACGCACCGAGAGCAUGACCCACCGUGGGCGCUACAGCUAUGCGAGCAGUGCUAUCAGCACGAUCAAUAGCCCCAGACGGGUUCGGCGGAGGAAGGACCCGACUCCGUUCAAUAUUCUGAUUAUUGGUACUCGAAGUGCGGGCAAGUCGUCGUUCCUCGAAUUUCUCAAGACGUCCCUGGCCUUGCCGGGGAAGAAGCGCAACCGGCACAUGGACGCGGACGAGUUCACGCCGGUGGUGCCGCCGGCUGGCAAUUUCAUCCCCCCCUACCUCGAGACGGAGAUCGACGGCGAGCGUAUCGGACUGACUCUGUGGGAUUCGGAGGGGCUGGAGAAGAAUGUGGUGGAUCUGCAGCUUCGCGAGAUGUCUGCCUUCCUGGAGAGCAAGUUUGAGGACACUUUCAACGAGGAGAUGAAGGUGGUACGAUCGCCUGGCGUCCAGGACACGCACAUCCACGCGGCGUUUCUGAUCCUGGACCCGAGCCGCCUGGACCGGAAUAUCGCUGCGUCCAAGGCGGAGCAUGCGGCCAGCGGCAACGGGGCUGGAUUCAACGGCGGCCCUGUCAAAUACGUGCCGCAGUCUCGUGUGGUGGGGGCGCUGGACGAGGACUUGGACCUGCAGGUUCUGCGGACUCUGCAGGGCAAGACGACGGUGAUCCCGGUGAUCUCAAAGGCCGACACGAUCACGACCAAGCACAUGAACGUGCUGAAGAAGUCUGUGUGGGACAGUCUUCGGAGGGCGAACCUGGCCCCGCUCGAGCCGCUGGGGCUUGACGACUGCGACGACGGAGACUCGGGCAGUGCAGCCGACUCGAGUCGGAUCGAGGAGGAAACGGACGAGGAGACGGCGGUCGAAGCAGCAGAAGGCAGCUUUGCAGCGCGAGUGGGAGAGAGGGAGUCUGACGGAGCAGCGUACUCUGAUGACGAGAAGUCGGAGGUUCCGGUCCAAGGCACGCGAGGUUUGCAGACGCCGUCGAGACACGGCAAGCGGACGUCGAUCUCGUCCGGGCGGCGGAACCAGAGUCAGGACGACGACGAGCUGCCCCAAGUGCCAAUGUCGAUUAUCAGCCCGGACAUUUACGAGCCUGGAAUCGUGGGGCGACAGUUUCCGUGGGGUUUUGCGGAUCCGAACAACGAGGAGCAUUGCGACUUUCUGCGGCUCAAGGAUGCCGUGUUUAGCGAGUGGCGCGGCGAGCUGCGUGAGGCCAGUCGGGAGCAGUGGUACGAAGGGUGGCGGACGAGCCGACUGAAGCAGCGCGACGUCAAGGCGAUGAAGGCGUCUCUACGGCGGUAA